AUAGGCGGCUCUCCAGCGCUGAGCCGGGAGAGGGCCGGGGCGCCGCCACUAGCACCACCGCCUCCCCAGUUUUCCCUUGUGGAUGCACAGCUCCGGUGACUCCGCUCCUCCCGGGGCAGAGGGGCUUCCAGAGGCCAGAGGAGCGGACUCCGGACGGGAUUUCCGAGGAAGGGAAGAGGAAGGGCGCCCCACCCGCUCUGGAGGGGUUCGGUGAACGAUGAAGGGGCGGCGGCGGCGACGCCGGGAGUACUGCAAGUUCGCACUGCUGUUGGUGCUGUACACGCUGGUGCUGCUGCUUGUCCCCUCCGUACUGGACGGCGGCCGCGACGGGGACAAGGGAGCCGGGCAUUGCCCGGGCCUGCAGCGCAGCCUGGGAGUGUGGAGCCUGGAGGCGGCGGCGGCGGGCGAACGCGAGCAGGGCGCGAAGGCGCGGCCAGCCGCUGAUGGGGGCGCGGGCGUGUCCCCCAGGUCUCCUCUCAACCUCCAAGGCGCCGUCGGGGAAGCGGUGUCUCGCGAAAAGCAGCACAUCUACGUGCACGCCACCUGGCGCACCGGCUCGUCGUUCCUGGGCGAGCUCUUUAACCAGCACCCGGACGUCUUCUACUUGUACGAGCCCAUGUGGCAUCUGUGGCAGGCACUGUAUCCGGGCGACGCCGAGAGCCUGCAAGGCGCGCUGCGAGACAUGCUGCGCUCGCUCUUCCGCUGCGACUUUUCGGUGCUGCAGCUGUACGCGCCGCCGGGGGACCCCGCCGCGCGCGCCCCGGACGCGGCCAAUCUCACCACGGCCGCCCUCUUCGGCUGGCGCACCAACAAGGUCAUCUGUUCGCCGCCGCUGUGCCCUGGCGCGCCCCGGGCCCGCGCCGAGGUCGGCCUGGUUGAGGACGCCGCUUGCGAGCGCAGCUGCCCACCGGUGGCUCUCCAAGCCCUGGAGGCCGAGUGCCGCAAGUAUCCGGUGGUGGUCAUCAAAGACGUGCGCCUCCUCGACCUGGGCGUGCUGGUGCCCCUGCUGCGCGACCCCGGCCUCAACCUGAAGGUGGUGCAGCUUUUCCGCGACCCGCGGGCGGUGCACAACUCGCGCCUCAAGUCUCGGCAGGGGCUGCUGCGCGAGAGCAUCCAGGUGCUACGCACCCGCCAGAGGGGCGACCGCUUCCACCGAGUCCUCCUGGCGCACGGCGUGGGCGCUCGCCCCGGGGCCCCCUCCCGCGCGCUGCCCGCCGCGCCGCGCGCCGACUUCUUCCUGACCGGCGCGCUCGAGGUGAUUUGCGAAGCCUGGCUGCGCGACCUGCUGUUCGCGCGCGGUGCUCCCGCCUGGCUGCAGCGCCGCUACCUGUGGCUGCGCUACGAGGACCUGGUGCGGCAGCCGCGCGCCCAGCUGCGCCGCCUGCAGCGCUUCGCGGGACUGCGGGCGCUCUCCGCGCUGGACGCCUUCGCGCUCAACAUGACUCGCGGCGCAGCCUACGGCGCUGACCGGCCCUUCCACCUGUCCGCGCGAGACGCCCGCGAGGCCGUGCACGCUUGGCGGGAGCGCCUGAGCCGAGAGCAGGUGCGCCAGGUGGAGGCUGCCUGCGCCCCAGCUAUGCGCCUGCUGGCUUACCCUCGCAGCGGAGAAGACGGCGACGCCGAGCCGUCCGAGGACGAGGAGACGCCGCUGGAGAUGGAGGCUGACGGCGCCACGUAGAACCACACCCGUGCACCCCGGGUGGAUCCGGGUCAGUCACCAUGAACCAGGGCACUCAGCAUGUUGUCCCAGCACUGGAGACGCCACAGCGUGGAGGCAGUCUAUCACGCUGUCAGAGACUACGGCUUGACUCGGUACCAACCGCUGGGCAGUUCUGCAGAGCAGGAAUAUCAUGAGCUGUUGAAAAAUGACUGACACGUUGGUUGAAACAAAGUUGCCAGUAAGGAAGUGACAGCGCAAUGUGGACCAUUAUGGCACUAAAAGGGGAAGAGCUUUAGUUCCCAGCCUGACCCUGCCUUUGCUGGAGCCCUGUCAACAAGGCGUCCUCAGAACAAAGAAGAGACGUGGUUUGGUGCCAUUUCCCAUCAGCAGGUGUCUGGACACAACGUCAGUGUGAAUAAGGGUCCAGGGCAGUCCUGUGUAUCGAGAUUGAACUGCUCCAUAGUAAAUGAAAAGGUCUGGGGGGGUAUGUUUUAAACUCUGACUCAUCCAGCUCUUUUUCAAACAGCUCACCCUCACCCUCACCCCUGAAUGGAUUUUUAAGAAGUAAUUUCUCUCCUGGGGCUGGGAGCCCCCUACAUGAACUGAAACAAAGGUUUGCUUUUUUCAAUUGUUCUAGCUGGUGUUUUUGUAAUUAUGCUAGUAAAUGACUCUGGAGUCUGUUAAAGACAAGAUUUGUUUUGCUUUGUUUUUAACCAGGAAGCAGGUUUUAUGAUGAAGUUCAAUGGCACGGCUUAAGGGAACAGCUAGUCUACCUACAAAGGAAAUGCCAUCAAUCUCAGGAAUUUAGCAGCUAGCCCACACUCAAAGCCCUGGAUGGAUGUAGGCCAGGAGAAAGGCACAGGUUUAGCGUGUUUCUGUUCACCCUAAGGCAUACUUUACAUUUUUUUAAAUCUAAAAAAAAAAAUCUGUUGUGUGAUUUUUAAACUAAGUUUAGGUCUAAUUUUUUUUUUUUUCCUUUUCUAGGGGCGCUCCUGCAGCAUAUGGAGGUUCCCAGACUAGGGGUCGAAUCAGAGCUGUAGCCGCUGGCCUUCGCCGGAGCCACAGCAACACGGGAUCUGAGUUGCAUCUGCGACCUACACCAGAGCUCAUGGCAACGCCGGAUCCUUAACCCACGGAGCGAGACCAGGGAUUGAACCCGAAACCUCAUGGUUCCUAGUCGGAUUUGUUGACCACUGCGCCACGACGUCAACUCCUAGGUCUAAUUUUAAAAUUAAAUUUUUUCAAGCCUCUAAAUUAGGGUUUGCAAAAAACCCUUUCCUGUAAAGACCCAGAUAGUGAAUAGUUCCGGCUUUACAAGCAGCCAGUUGCUGUUCCCUGCGGUUCCAACUCAGCUCUGAGGGGAAGGCAGCCAUAGACAACAUGCACAUGAAUGACUGGCGUGUGUGUGUGUGUCAAUAAAACUUUAUUUACAAAAACAACCAGUAGGCUGGAUUUGGUCCAGGGGCUGCGAUAAUUUGUCAGUCUCUGGUCUUAAGCUGAAGAGGAAGAGCCUCCACCUUGAACAGAAUCUCUCAGGGAAAGAAAGAGACGGAGAACAGGCUCAUAGGUUAUUUUUUUGCUGAUGGACAGGACGUUAAAAAUACGGAACACGAGGAGCUCAGCCAGGUAAUCUUUUUAUUUUGAGUUUGUAAAAAAAAAAAAAAAAAAGCUUUGAGAAAAAAGUGUUAAAUAUCAGUAAAGGACAGGAAAACAGGUAGCUAGCUUUACAAGAGCGAUCUAAACAUAUACACAAAGGCAAACAUUAAAAUGCCAGAGCAAGGUAGCCCUUCGGGGGCCUAAUUGCUGUUUUCCUUUUGCACAGAAAGGUUGCUGAUAACGCCAAGUCUUUAUUUUUUCACAGGCAGCUAACACGAUAAUGUUCAUCUUAUAAAACCACGUUUGCUAUUGUUGAAUGGGAGUAGAAGACAAAAAUUUCCCCACAUACAGUAAUGUAAGCUCGCUAUAAAAAGAUUCCCCAGACGGUCACAUCGGCCCAUAUUAAAUUCAUCCUCGUCUAUUUAAAAAAGUGCUUUUCAGCUAGUAAAUGCAUCUGGGUGGCUUGCCUUAUGGAAUCAUUUUAAUGGACAUAGUACAACGUCCUAAGUAAGACGUACCAGAUGUGUUGGAUGUAAGAAAGAAAAAGCCUAGGAGGUGACCCUACCACGCAGUCAUACUGUGACUUGCCUGAUUUCAGUGACAAAUUCCAAACCCAGCGACUUCAUACCCACACGAAAACCAUCCCACGGCGUCGUGGCUGGGAUACUCACAACUUAUGUCAACCCCCCAGAUGUCCACGCAGUUCGACAGUCACCCCGUGACACUGGGCUCUUCACUGAAGGGCUUUAGACAGCAGAUAGAGAGGGCUUCAUGCUGCUGACAAGUCCUUUUCCACCUGCGUUCUUCCAACACGUCCAGGCCCAGAUAACUGUCCACUGGCCAAGAGUCGCUGACCGGGCCCUUGGGCAAUUCUGUGAACCCUUCUGAAAAAGGUGGGGCCCUCAGGAUGAGAAAGGCGAGCUCCCCCGAGUGCUCGCAUGUGUGGGGCAGCCCACCCUUCUCAUCUCCACGGCUCAGGGAGCAGAAGAACCCUGGCUGCCUGUGUGUGUGCCAUGUGGGCCGCGGCGAUAGUAUACCCUGCUUACAAAAAUCAAACUUUGGUUUUGCUCCUUAACAUUUCUGCUGGCACGGGCUGACAAGAUGCGUUUGUUCAUUCACAAAAACGCUGCUUUGUGAAUCUUGGAAAAAAAAAAAAA